AUUCGUUGCACGAAAAUACUGUAGAAGUCACCGUAUUUGCAACAGAAGAUAUCGUCUCUUUCCGGUGUCCCUUCCGUAAAUUCCAAGCAACGGAUGUGCAAGAAGCUUGCCCGGCAGUGAAUUCUGUGUUACGAGGGUUUGGCAUGGCAUGUGCAUUGGAUAUGAAUCGGGCUUGCAUCACAUUCUUUGCACCCAAGCCUAUGAAGUUGAAUGCUUGUCGCAACUUUAGAGUAUUUCUUACACUUUUGUCAGUGGGAGUUCCUGCACGUCAGGCAAUAAGAAUACUUAAUGAAGUGGCAUGGGACACCAUCUACACCGGGUUUGGUAAAGAAGGGAUUUGCCGUAAUUAUGGGAUCAAGAAUCUGGAUGACUAUCUACAGCGGAAAAAACGUCUCAGGGCUAUCCCCGAAAAGGAACUUGGACAAUUCACAGGCUGUGAAGUGUAUGUCCGCCCGAGGAAUGGCCUGGUGGCUGCUAUAGGACCAGUUGAAGGGUUGAAGGUAGUCAGGAAGUUUGUGACAGACUGCAUUGUUGAUAACGCGGAUCCUUUAUCCCUUAUGAGCCAGUAUAAAUUUGUACUUGAGGUGAGCGAGUGUUUUUUCCGGUUAAAUAUAUGUUGAGAGGUUGAGAAUGUUGGAUUCUGCUAAUGAGAUGCUGGUUUUAUUAUUUAGUCCAUGUUAGUGUCUGAGAUGGGUUUUUUUAAACCUGAUUAGUGGAGUGGUGGAUGGAAUUCUGUUUCGUUGUAA